CCCCCUCCUCCUCCUCUCUCACUGCUCAGGCAGAAUAAUGUUAACGUCAAACACGAAUUGUUUCGCCUUAUGAUAGUUUAGCGUGAAGGUCACGCUGCAAGCCAAACACCGUUCCACCUUCUUGGUAAAGAAUUUAUACCCAUUGUUGCUGUCAGCACUGCAUUGACAUAGAAAACACUUAACUGUGUCUUUGUUUGCAUUCUUUCCCUAUCUUUCUACAGUUCUAUUGACUGCUUAUUGAAUGUAACACCAAGCAAGGUUUCCAGAUGGCAGGCAACCCGUACAAAACAACGGAGUUUGUCUCCAAAAUUCACGUGUGGUUACAAGAUGUUGACCCUGAUCGGCUUCGUCGUCUAGUUCAGAAAGAAGGACUAAUCAGCUUUGACCAACUGGAACGUUUGAGGAAGAUACAAGACCAAAAGGGAACGGCUGAACACAAUGCACAAUUGAUUUCAAUACUUUGUCCUGGAGAGACAAAAUCCUAUCAGGUCUUAUGUUCAGUGAUCCACCAAAUGGGCUACUUUGACCAACACUUGGAGAUGCUUCGUAUUGUAGCUAACCCAGAGCAAGAAUUGCUAUCCAGUGUUGGGCAACCAGAGUCAGCCAACACCAUAGCAACCAGUGCAGACCCAACUGCAAUCAUGCCAACUGAAGACCACCCCACAGCAGCGGCUCCCUCAUCAGGAUAUGCAGCGUAUCAAUCCACUCCAGGGACAACGAGUACAUCGCCACUUGGACAGCAAGUAGCACCACUGUGUCCACCGAUGAAAAGCAGAACUGCAGCAGCAAGACGAGGAGCAGAGGGAGGAGAAGCAGCUGGAGCAACAGCAGCAACAACAACAGCAGCAGCCGCAGCAGCAGCAGGGGCAAUGGCAGGAGCAGCAGCAACAGCAGCAGUGGCAAUGGAAGGAGCAUUAGCAGUAGCUUCAUCAGCAACUGUAUUAACCCCUCAAGCAUCACUCCAGGCAAGGCUUCCAAUUGGAACGGCAAUGCCAGAACGUGCGCAUGGAGCAACAGCAGAGUCAGAACUAGGAGCAACAGCCACAGUAUCAGCUGUACCAGCACUUCAUCAUUGCCAUUAUUCAGGUGCACAACCUCCUAUUGCUCGGCAGCCCGGUGCAGCCUUAGCUUGCUCCUCCACUGGUAGAUCACCAUCAUCAAUGUCAGGUCCUUCUACUACGGCAGAGACUACAUUUGGUCUUAGCCAGACCUGUAUGAGUGCACCCACCCAAGCCACUCCAACACAUCCCAUUGCCAGCUCAGCUAACACUAGCACUGGCAGCUUUACAGCUGAUGGUAAUGCUGCUAGGAGAGGAACUGCAAUGCAGCAGAGUACACAGCAACCAGCGUCAGUCCACCUUGAAAACACGGCACAGCUGGCAGCAGCUGCUGUAGUUUUUUCUUCACUGCCUCUGGAGCCGCAAGCCAAGAGGGCACUACUAAGCAAUGUUGGCAGAGCAUUCACGGAGGAAAUGUCCAGGCAUAUUGACUAUGUGUCAGCUCCAAGUAUGGCUCAUACCAGCCCAGAUUCUCAGGCCUCUCUGCUGCAGAAGUCUCAGUUCCUCCUGGACAGCCCCGAAAUGUCUGAAAGUGACUCACGGUUUUCCGGCUCUGCUGCUAGCUCAGACACCGAAGGAUGGACAGAAGAUGAUCUGCGCAAUGCUAGAGUCACGGUUUUUGUGGACAGCAAACUCAGGACAUCUGCUGACUGUGAUGGAAUUAUCUUGGACAGUUUAUCUAAGCAGCACUUCAAUGAGACCAAUAUCAGAAUCAAAUCGACGAGCAGAAGAAGUGAUCCUGCGCUCACAAGUGUUGAAGGAAAAGGAGGAGAUAUUAGGACAUUGGUCAAAAUCAUCAUCAACGGACAACCUGACGACUACACUAAACAUAGGAUCCGAAGGGAAGUGAUUGAGGACCUGGAGGACCUUACCUUCUCCAAGGAUAAAAUUCAGGUCAUCUACACAGGCGCCUGGGAUUCCAUCCAGGUGGUACUGCUGCUACCAAUGAGGACACUGGGUCAUCUACUCUACCUUGCAGUACACUAUCCUGGACUGCUGCGAGGCCUGGAUAUACUUCAAAUCAUUGACAUCUCCUCAUUGACCAUAAUUGACUUUCGAGAGAUAACAGGCAGUGUGGUCUUAGACGAAUUGGCAGAUGAUAAUGAGGAUCUGUCAGAGGAUGAUGAUGAGGAUGAAGAUGAGAGCGAGAUAAAUGAGCUGGAGUUUUUGAAGCGCACCAACAUGGCUGACAUUGCUGAGCACCAUAUUUCGCAACGGGAAUAUGAUCUGCUCAACAAUCGAAGUACCGGUUUCCAGUCGGUGCUGGCAGCCAUAAUGAGGUCACACAGGAAAGACAAGAAUUUCAUGAGAGCAAUUAGCGCUGGCAUUGGCAACAAAAUGCCCAGCUCAAAAACACAAAAUCUGAUUGCACUCACGCACAGACGAGAGAAGGAACUUGCAGCAUUCCAAGAUGGGCUCUUGACAUCGCCGGAACGAAUUGAGAGGCUGACAACAGAGCUGAUGCAAAGUUCAUUUCAGCUGCAGCAUGAGAAGAAAGAGGUAACGAUGAGCCCUGCAAAGAUGCCCAGGAAGACUUGGCUACCACCAGAGCAAAUCACCGAGGAUGGCGACACUCUGUUGCACAACGCCGUCUGGGGUGGAAUCGAGGAGUUUCAAGCGUUGCUCGCUGCAGGGGCGGACUGUAACAUCAAGAAUACGGAUGGCUGCACUCCGUUGCACCAUGCCGCCAUGAGAGGUACAAUCGAGGUGUGUCAAGCGUUGCUCGCUGGAGGGGCGGACUGUAACAUCAAGAAUACGCAUGGCGACACUCCAUUGCACGAUGCCGCCAGGAGAGGUAAACUCGAUGCGUGUCAAGCGCUGCUUGCUGGAGGGGCGGACUGCAACAUCAAGAAUGAGCAUGGCAACACUCCGUUGCAUGAUGCCGCCAGGAGUGGUACAUGUAGAAUCGAGAUGUGUCAAGCGUUGCUCGCUGCAGGGGCGGACUGUAACAUCAAGAAUACGCGUGGCGACACUCCGUUGCACCAUGCCGCCAGGAGAGAUAACCUCGAGGUGUGUCAAGCGCUGAUCGCUGGAGGGGCCGACUGUAACAUCAAGGAUGAGCGUGGCGACACUCCGUUGCACGAUGCCGCCAAUAGUGGUAAACUUGUUGUGUGUCAAGCGCUGCUCGCUGGAGGGGCGGACUGCAACAUCAAGAAUGAGGAUGGCGACACUCCGUUGCACCAUGCCGCCAAUUGGGGUAGAACCGAGGUGUGUCAAGCUUUGCUCGCUGCAGGGGUGGACUGCAACAUCAAGGAUGCGGGUGGCAACACUCCGUUGCACGAUGUCGCCAGGAUGGGUAGAAUCGAGAUGUGUAAAGCGCUGCUCGCUGCAGGGGCCGACUGUAAAAUGAAGAAUGAGCGUGGCGACACUCCGUUGCACGAUGCCGCCAAUAGUGGUAAACUUGUUGUGUGUCAAGCGCUGCUCGCUGCAGGGGCCGACUGUAACAUCAAGAAUGCGGAUGGCCUGACACCAUUGGACGAGGCGAGAAUAUGGGAACGUCAUGCGGUUGUAAAGCUAUUGAAGAAGGCCACUCCAAAGUCAUCAUGAUACCUUCACUAAGUGUAAAGUGACUAUGCACACACUGCCGGUCAUUUCCUACCAGAUGUAGCAACAUGGCAGCUAUCUUUCUCUGGCGGAUCCAGAGCUUUAAUCGUCACAUAUGCAUGACUUUGAAUGUAUUUGAGCAAUGAGCAGGUAGGACUGCGGUGUUGUCUUGCUGUACCUGCCCACAAUGCCAGUGCAUUAUACCAUACAUUUCUAGACAUGAUAGCUUCCAUUUCCUCUUCUCUUCUAAGUAUCUUAAGCAGAUUUUCUUGCACUCUACCCAGUUCUUUACUAGAAGUUACAAUGCUUAUUUUGCGGACAAUUCGAAAAGUUAGAGUGUUAGCAAAGAAAUUGUACAAUGUCUCUACAGUAGUACGUCGCUAGCAUCUCAAUUAGAAUCAAUUGCCAUCCUAUCGGCAGUGGAUUCCAGUUUCAUUAUUUUCUCCUUUUUAAUCAAUUGCUCGUUUGACUAGGCUAUUCGGUAUCCUAGCAGCCUUGUGACUUCCAUUGCAAACGGCCACCAAAUUUUUUAAAUUUUGUUUUACCGCAAUCCGAGACAAGAACUUGAUACUAGGGCGUAAUAAUAUACCGGUAAUUUACUACUCCCUGCUUGAUACUACCGGUAUUAUCA